AUGGAAGCUUCUAAGAAGAACGAGAUUGUGAUCAAGAAGGCCAAAGAUCACUGGGCUUUUCUGGAAGAUAUUGAAGCACCUAUGUGGGCAGAUUUGACUCUUGAAGCUAAAUUUGGUGGUGGAGACAUAAGGGAUGAUGACUGGUUCAACAUAAGCCACCCGUUCCACCAGUGGUCUGCUCGCCAGUUAAAAUGUAAAUUUUCUCAUCCUGGCGAGGAGAUACUGACAUCAGGAGUUGAUUCGCAAGUACUGGCUUCGCCAGAGCUUCCUUCUUCAGUCUCGAGAUCGAGAGGCAAGCACUACAACAGCAAGACGUGGGAAGGUAUUAAUCUGAAUACUUUGUUAGACAAACAGCAGGGUUUAAGUAGGAGAUGCUUCCAACCGGGUUCCAGCUUUGGUCAGGAAGUGAAACCCAAAUCAAAAUCAAAUGUUAGCAGGCCAAAAGGAUUGUUGAGUGCAAAGUUAGGAUUGGCUUUUGAACAUAAUGCCAGAGGAAAAGCUAAGUCCAUUGAACAGAAGGGUUUAAGUAGGAGAUGCUUCCAACCGGGUUCCAGCUUUGGUCAGGAAGUGAAACCCAAAUCAAAAUCAAAUGUUAGCAAGCCAAAAAGAUUAUUGAGUGCAAAGUUAGGAUUGGCUUUUGAACAUAAUGCCAGAGGAAAAGCUAAGUCCAUUGCCAGUUGCAGCAAUCCAGUGAGUAGUUCAAGUUCUGUGGAUAACAAGACAGGUGAAAGCACUACAGGAAGCACGGUUACAUCUGAAAACAUUCUGCAACAGCAGAAAUAUAGGGAGGUAUCUAGCCAACCAUGUGGUCAGAAGAGAAGAAGCUCAUCAGUUAGGAGUGUUAGUCUUGGGAAAAGUUGUCUUACAACAGAGGCUUCAAGAGUUCAGCGACAGCAGAAAUAUAUGGAGGUGUCUAGUCAAUCAUGUGAUCAGAAAAGUAGAAGUUCGUCACCUAGUAGUGUUAGUCUUAGGAAAAGUUAUAUUACAGGAAAAGCCUCAAAAGUGGAAAUUGGUGGCGAUAGCAUGCAAUCUAGGGGUCGUAAAUCAUCUUCCGGGAAGUCUAGUGUUGGGUCAUCAUGUUCAAACCCCGGUUAUGAAGUUAAGUUUUUAUCAAAGAAACUAAGAGAGAAAAUCACAGAUGAGAAAGAUGUGGUCAAAAUGAAUCUUGCAGAUAAGAACAGGUGCAAGCCUAGUAACAUAUCCAAGACAUCUACCAUUUCGGUUGAGGGAGCAAAAUCUGGUAACAGAAAGGGCAGUAGCAUCAAUUUUGCAAAGCCAGCAUACCAUGGAACUGUAAAGUCAUUGUCUAUACGUUCAAGGGCUUUGUUACCAAUCAAAGUCAACAAAGAAAACUCGUGUGCUGGUGCUAAGGAGAAACUAGGAACUAGCAAGGUUAAUAGUUUGACCGUCAAGGGAAAAGAGAAUGCUACAACGAAUGUGACAAGGAAUCAGAAAUGCAUUGAUAGAGGUGCUCCUGCUGCGGGUAUGUUAAAAAAUUAUAAAACCACAGAACGCAAGCGUCUACAGAAGGGUGACACAGCAGGAUCAGCUGCUUUGACAAUACUGGUAUUGUAG